AUGGGGGCUGUUUGUAAGUUCAUCGCCUUUGCCUCUUUAUUCUUCAUCCUAGUUUCAAUCACAACCUUUUGCCUGGAAACGCAUGAGGCUUUCAAUACUAUCAUAAACAAAACUGAGCAGGUUGUCAACGGGACAGAAACUGUGCUACACUAUGAAAUUGAGACAGAUCCUGCCCUGACUUAUGUGGAAGGAGUCUGCGUGGUGUGGUUUACAUUUGAAUUUUUAGUCCGUGUUAUUUUUUCCCCCAACAAAAUUGAAUUCAUCAAAAACCUCUUGAACAUCAUUGACUUUGUGGCCAUCCUGCCCUUUUACCUAGAAGUGGGCCUGAGCGGGCUCUCCUCCAAAGCUGCUAAGGACGUGCUUGGUUUCCUCAGGGUGGUAAGGUUCGUGAGGAUCCUGCGAAUCUUCAAGCUCACCCGGCACUUUGUGGGACUCAGGGUGCUGGGCCACACUCUACGAGCCAGCACCAAUGAAUUUUUGCUGCUGAUAAUAUUCCUUGCACUUGGUGUUUUGAUAUUUGCCACCAUGAUCUACUACGCAGAGCGGGUGGGAGCCCAGCCUAAUGACCCUUCAGCGAGUGAGCACACACAGUUCAAAAAUAUCCCUAUAGGCUUCUGGUGGGCUGUAGUCACCAUGACCACCCUGGGAUAUGGGGAUAUGUGUCCACGGACUUGGUCAGGCAUGCUGGUGGGAGCUCUGUGCGCGCUGGCAGGGGUGCUCACUAUAGCCAUGCCCGUGCCUGUGAUAGUUAACAAUUUUGGGAUGUACUACUCCCUGGCCAUGGCAAAGCAGAAACUGCCAAGGAAGCGGAAGAAGCACAUCCCUCCUGCUCCUCAAUCCAGCUCACCCACCUUCUGCAAGACAGACCUGAACAUGGCCUGCAAUAGCACCCAGGGGGACAUCUGCCUGGGCAAGGACAACCAGCUGAUGGAGCACAACAGAUCAUCAGGUAGGACCCCACUGGAAAUGCAUGUCCUCUGA